CUCUGCACAGCAGACGAGUUUGCAUGUAUCGUGUCUGAGCAGUGCAUAGACAAAAGACGACGAUGCAAUGGAAUCACAGAGUGCAGUGAUGGCACCGAUGAAAGCUAUUGCGAAGUUUGUGGUAAUGGCUUAUUCCACUGCGCAAAAAGUGGCGAAUGCAUUCCCGACGAGGAACGCUGUGAUGGCAAACGCCAGUGUCCCCACGGAGAAGAUGAAAUGCUCUGCAACUUUGCGAUGGUGUUCCUCAAUGCAGCGAUGGAUCCGAUGAGAUGUACUGCGAGACGGGUGUGGCUGAGUCCUCCAUGUAAGACUGUCACAAUGCAAUACUUCCCGGUCACAAUAUUCACUUCACUGGAUUUCAGUGUUUUUUCCUCAAAUCCGAAUCCAUCUGUUGGGCCAGAAGAUUAUGAAACGGAAUACGAAGAAAGUGCGACAGAGGAGGACAAACCGUCUUUUCCGAUGCUUUCCAUGACCCUGCCACCCGUCAUACCAGUGGCUUCACCUCAAACACGACCGCCUCCGAGAGUGGCCCCUGCAAAGAACACACCUUGGGCUUCAUCGGGAGCGUUCAGAAAACAGUCGCCUUCGGAACCUGCAGAGCCUUCGACUCCCGUGCCAACAGCGCGUAUAACGUCGUCAACGACGCCACGUCCAACACCGAAGACGACGCAACGUCCAACAACGAAGGCGACGCCUAGAACAACAUCGGCUGCACCGUCAACAACACAAGCGAAACCAGUCAUGACCGCUGAAAAGGAGACAAAUCGCUACCAAACAAGACCUGUUUCGGAAAUUCGUGAAAGAGUAGCAUCUGGUGCUUCCGCUGUGGUUACAGCUCAAGCAGCCGGAGCCAUUACGGAAGACCACGACCGGACGAUAGACAUCCUUCAGCAACUCGGCGGUCAACUGAACUCACGUGUGUCACCGUAA